AUGGAAGUUGGCGCGGGGGAGGAUAAUGAGGUAAAUUAUAGGAAGGUUAUAUUUAUACUUAUAUUCUUUAUAUUCUAAUAUAUCUUAUGUUUUAGCAAAAUACAGAAGAACAGAUGAUUGAGGAGAUGGUGGGAUUUUUGAUGGGGUUGAAUAGCGAGGUAUAUAAAAUGUUUGAACUCAACAGUGGUCUUUCCUGUGCUUACAAUAUGUGUGCCUUUUAGGCGAGUGAAGAUGCGUGUGGUGUUGAUGAAGACGAUGCGAGUAAAGAUAAAGUAGUUGAAGAGAGAGUAAGUAUCACACUCAUGGUCCAUUUUAGCGGUUGUUAUAUAGAUUAGUGUUUAUAGGGAUGUGUAAGUAUCUUGCUUUUUACUCAUGACACCUUUUCAUUUAUUUAGGAUGUGGUCCAUCCUCUGCUCAAACUCCAAGACAAACUGAUGGAGUACUUGAUGGAGCUACCAGUUCUUGGGUUCAACACUGGUAAAUAUGAUAUUAACGUGGCGAAAAACCCCUUCUUUUCACAUCUCCUCAAACACGAACAAGUUAAGUUUGUGAUAAAGAGGAACAAUAACCACAUGUAUCUUAAGACUCAACACUUAAAAUUCCUUGAUAUCACAAACUAUCUGGCUCCGGGAUUUAGUUACGAACAGUUUCUUAAGGCUUACGAGUGUUCCCAGACCAAAGGUUACUUCCCGUACGAAUGGCUCGAUUCCCUCAACAAACUCAAUCAUUGCUCCUUAACACCACGCAAAACCUUUCAUUCCACCCUGUGCGGAACCGACAUCACCGAGGAAGAGUAUGAGUAUUGCCAGGGCGUAUGGGAUGAAAAUAACAGGACAACUUUCCGCGACUUUCUCGUGUGGUAUAACAACCUUGACGUAGUCCCCUUCCUUGAAGCGAUUGAUAAAAUGAGCAAUUUCUGGCAAGAAAGGAACAUUGAUAUAUUUAAGGACGGUGUGAGUGUGCCUGGCUUAACUAUGAAAUAUUUAUUUUCCAACAUUCCAGGCACCUACUUCUCCUUGUUCAGCGACAAGGACAAGGAUAUGUAUUAUUCAAUGAAGGAUAAUAACGUAGGGGGCCCCAGCAUUAUUUUCAACAGGUACCACGAGAAAGAGAAAUCAUUUAUACGCGAAGUAGAAGCACGAACCGAAGGAAAAGAAUCGAAACCCUGCAAGAACGUAGUUGGAUACGAUGCCAAUGCGCUCUACUUGUGGGCCAUCAUGCAAGACAUGCCAACAGGACAGUACACAAGACGAAUGGAGGAGGACGGGUUUAAGAAACGGUGGAGUGAAAAAAUGACGAUCGAAUGGUUGGAAUGGCAAGCCUACAGUCGCGGCAUUAGUGUCAGACACGAGUAUAACAACGUGGAGAAAAGAAUUGGCACUUACCGUCUCCCCGUUGACGGUUUUCACGCUGAAUCACAAACGGUGUUUCAGUUUCAUGGUAAGUUGUUGUUUUAGUGUAAUUAGUUAGGAUUAAGUUAAAUUAAUUAGUUAGGAUUAAGUCAAUUGUGUGGGAGUAAGUUAAUGAGUUUUUGACGAUCGCGUGGGCUUUUCUCUUGCAGGAUAAUUUGUUUUACUUUCUCCUUGUAGGUUUAACUGUAUUGCAUUUUAUUUUAAUAGGAUGUUAUUGGCAUGGCCACAACUGUCAUCAAAACGAAGGGAAAGAGAUUAACGAGAAGCGUGAUAAGCCGAUGAAGGAACUCCUUGAAGAGACCCAAAGAAACAGCGCCUAUACCAAGAAGCAGGGAUUCAAUCUCGUUGAAUGUUGGGAAUGUGAGUGGCGAGAAAUGAAGAAACGCAACAGUGGAUUGCAGCGCUUCAUCGCCACGCAACUUCGCCGACCCCUAGACAAAGUAAAAACGAUGACAACUCGAUGA